AAGGAAGGAUGCAUCCCAAGAACUAUUUUCAAUUAUGUCAGAAUCGGUGCUGAAAGUGAAUUAUUGGUACUUGCUAUUGUCUGAUUCUUGGUGCAGAAAGUGAAUUAUUGGUACUUGCUAUUGUGCGAACCAAACUGACGCGAUGCACACCACGAAUGAAGAUUGGGAAAUAUGGCUUACUCUUCUUUUCUUCCAGUCUCGAAUCAAGCAAGUUCCAAACAGAAACAAGGAGACAAACGCAAACACGCACACCCUCUGUGAUUGUUCCGCUUCAUAUCAUACUCAAGCCCUGUUCUCAAUCACAAUGGAUUCUAAAUCAUGCCUCCUCGCACAGUCACACAGAGCAUCCUCCUCCACUCAUCACCUACACCCCGACUUGCAAUUCCCUCCACCACAGCUCGAACCCCUAAAACGAGAAAUCAAACACUGCAGCAUAGCAAUGGAUCCUAUCGACUGGUCCACGGGCAGACGUCCAAACCGCCCUUUCCAGAGGAUCAAUUCGGACUGGCUCGCGAUGCAGCAUUCCCUGUCGCAGCGUGCUUUCCCAUCUCCAGCUCUUCCUGCGCCGGUGAAUCGAGGGCCGACAGCGUACUAUCUCGAACAAGCAGCCUUCUACUCCCAAAACACGGGCCCGGAUCCUUUCUACACUCCUCCAAGUCCCGACCGUCCUGGCCCGCUGAAAGUGCUUGUGUUAUAUCUCCUUUCAUCACUUGGUUCGCUGCUCUCUGCUAUUACGCAAUUCGGGUCCGGCCUUUGGGCUGUACUUUGCUUGUUACCUUGGCUGUUGGUCUUGUUGGUGAAAUUAGUUGUGGGCGAAAUCAAGAAGGUGGGGUGGAAGUGGGAGGUUGUGCUUGGGUUGGCUCUUGCGGCGCAGUUGGUGAGAUUGCUACGCGGGGUGGACGUUAGUGGAGGGAUGGAGGGAGUGGUGGGAGAGGGGCCGGUUUAUACUGUUUUUGUGGCUGGGAGGGAUGCGAUCGGGAGUGGUGCUGUGCUGAUUGACGUUCUCACGUCUCGGAAUUGGAUUUGAUCUUGAAUCCGUCCUGCAAUCCGAAUGUUCCAUGUUUGCAAGUCAUCAUAUUCCGACUUAGAAAGGAACGUAUCUUGUGUAACUGAAAU